UGACCGGUGCAACUGCCUUUUGCUCUUUGGAAAAUGGGCAGUCAGAGGAGCGCUUGAGGCACUGGGGGCACUGAGAGAAGCCGGCUACAGAACAUCAAGCAGAAACUGAAUCACCGGAGUCAGAGCAGGUCAACCUAAUACCAGGGCGCAGGGCCAACAAAGUCAUCUCCCCUCCCACCAUGGCGGAAGAAGAGGCUUCAGUUAGCAAUGGGACAUUGUGGACGACAGUGCUGAUUGUGCCAGCGGUGAUUGUGUUGACAGCUGGCUUCUUCUACGUGUACAACGCAGUGCUCAGUCUCAUGACCAAAACCUCGCUACGGAACAAAGUGGUGGUGAUCACAGACGCCUUGUCUGGGCUGGGCACCGAGUGUGCCAAGAUAUUCCACAAGGAUGGUGCCAGGCUGAUCCUAUGUGGACAGAGUUGGGAGAAGCUGGAGUCUCUUUCUCAGAAGCUCUCUGAGGACUGUGAUCCUACUUUGACGUUCCCAACCAAGCUGGUGAUGGUGGACUUCGGCGACAUGGACAGCCUGCCUGAGGUGAUUGUGGAGGUGAUGGAGUGCUAUGGCUGCCUGGACAUCCUCAUCAUCAACAGCAGCAUGAAGAUCAAGGCUCCCGUGCAGGACACGUCUCUGGAGCUGGACCACGCAGUCAUGGACAUGAACUACUUUGGCCCAACCACUCUGGCUAAAGGUGUCUUACCAUCUAUGAUAUCAAGGAGAGGUGGACACAUUCUUUUGAUCAACAGUAUCCAGGGGAAGCUGGCACUGCCAUUCCGUACCACAUAUGCAGCCUCCAAACACGCUGUGCAGGCCUUCUUUGACUGCCUCCGUGCUGAGGUGCAGGAGUACGGCAUCUCUGUCAGCACCAUCAGCCACACCUUCAUCAGCGGCCCACCCGGAACAAAAGAAGACGCUACCGCAAAAUCAGCGUCUUCUCCAUCCCAAUACCUGGGCAUUACAAUAAACGAGAUGGUUGGUGAGAUUGUGAAGAUCCUGAGCAGCAAGAAGAAGGAGGUGGUCCUGGCCCGCACCCUCUCUAAAGCGGCCAUCUAUGCUCGCGCCCUCUUGCCAAACCUGGUCUUCUCUGUGACGGCCGCAGGAGUGCAGGGGAAAGCUCCAUAGGAUAAUAGGAGCUGUGACUUAAUCGCCACUUGGGCCUACUGUAGCCUACUUGAGUCACCUUGUUGAGUUGCCUGAUUGAAUAUCUUUUUUAUAUGAUAAGGCGAUAGAUUCAAGAUGAUAGAUUGCACAUUGUCUGGAGCUUCUUCAACUUCAAGGGAACAUGUUAAAGCCACAUGGAGAUGUAGCUUUAAUGAAAUGGAGAGGAGAAGGACUGAAAGAUGGACUUUGAGGGUCUUUUGUGUGGAAAUAUGUAGGGUGAGAGAGAGAGAGUUUUGGCCAUGAAUGAAGAGUAGAGAGUAGAAUAUCAUUUAUUAAUCCCAAGGGAAAUUAAGGUGUCCAGUAGCGCACAUAAAUACAGGAUACACAAGCCAUUACACGUAUAAUUCCACAUACGCCUAUAUUAACCAUAUAGCACACACAUAGGCCUACAUUUAGCCGAAGGCAGAUCACACACACACACACACACACACACACACACACACACACACACACACACACACACACACACACACACACACACACACACACACACACACACACAGCUCUCAGAACACAGAGCAGCCAAAAAAGUGAAAAAAGUGUCCAAAGCCUCCAAA